UGAGGUUGUCUUAUCCCUACUCAGAGUAUUUGCUGAGAGAAAAACUUCUUCCUGGCAUGGCAAGUAGGAAGGCCUUAAAUCAUGAACUUUCUAAACUUUUCAGUGAGAUGUGGGAUAUGGAUGUUCACCGCCUCAUGCCUGGGAAAGACUACACGAUUGAUGUGCAGGGAGAAGCAGGCCCAGCACAGCCAGGGGACAGUGCUGUCCGGGACAAUGCAGCCAGACAUCUGUUCCACAAUGUAAAUGAAGGACUCCUGAAGAGCAUAAAAACUUUUCCAACCUUUAUUUCCUUAUUGGACAACUAUGAGACAUCAACUGGUGUAGCUGAAGUAGUGACUCAAGAAGAAAUAGUUGAAAACAACAGUUUUCUUGAUGCUAUCUUAACAACAGAGGUCAUGAGGCGAGCUCAUGAAUAUCUGCUCAAAAAAAACCUAGCAAAGCCAAACCUUACCGAUUUCAAGCAUCAGCUCUAUGACAUCUGGUUCCAGCUCUACGCCAGGAAAGAAGAAGACAGACCCGAUUCUUGUGGUUUUGAGCAUGUUUUUGUUGGAGAAACAAGGCAUGGCAAAGAGAUCUUAGGUUUGCACAACUGGGUGCAAUUCUACCUUCAGGAAAAGCACAACCAGAUUGAUUACAAGGGAUAUGUCGCUUGGAAGAACAAAACCAGGCCUGACAAAGAUGUCCAAGUUUUAAGCAUCCAGUUCAGCUGGAAGGGCUCAGUCAAGCUGAUUGGAAGCACCUUUAUUGGUGUGAGCCCAGAGUUUGAAUUUGCCCUUUACAUCGUCAUUUUCCUGCUGUCUGAAGAAAAAUUCACCCGUGAAACAGUGAAAAUAGAUGAGUUGUCUGGUGCCAUGGACACCACCUGUCACUGGUGGGGUUCCACAGGGCUCCGUCUUAGGCCCAGUGCUCUUCUACAUCUUCAUAAAUGACUUGGACACAGGACUGGAAGGGAUACUGAGCAAGUUUGAAGAUGAUACAAAACUGGGAGGAGCUGUUGACUCCCUUGAAGACAAAUGCCAUUCAAAGAGACCUUGAUAAGUUAGAGGAUUGGGCAAUC